UGCAGGACCCACCUGGAAGAGCCGCUGGAAGGCGUAGUAGCCGCAGGACAACGCCACGAAUAUCCAGAACACACCGUUUAUCAGAACCCACCAAUAUGACCUCCUCGUUGGCCAAAAUCGAGGACUUUCCCUCCGAUCCCGUUGAGUUUUUUAAGAGGAUCCUUCAGGAAGCUGCCAAAGGACAUCCCGAUGGAUUCGUGCAGGAAAUGAACCUGGCCACCGUGGACGAGGAAUACGGUGUGCUCAACCGCACUGUCCUGUACCGCGGACUCACCCAGGAUAACUGUGUGUUCUACAUAACCCAUCGGUACGUUCGCAACUUCAAGAACCUUCAGGCCAAUCCCCAGGCCUGCAUCACCUUCUAUAUGCCGGAUGUUAAGGAUGGGGCCGGAAAACAGAAUACCUGGCAGGUGAGAUUGAUUGGAGCCACCGCCGUGGAACUUGCCCAAAGCGAAAUGGAUGCUCUGUGGGCCAAGGAGAAUUUGGCUGCCCAAAUCAGGGGUCACAUCUGUCCCUGUGGAGAACCGAUUAACUACGAUGAACUCAAGGCGAAGCACGAUCAGUUCCUUCAGGAUCACAGAGGAAAAUCCAUCGAGAGGCCAGCAAGCUAUACCGCUUGGAAAUUCCAACCGCAGCGAUGGGACUUCCUGAAGGUGGGUCUCGACCAAAUCGCGGAUCGGGUGCAGUACCGCCUUCAGAAGGAUGGGAAAUGGGCAUCCAUGCACGUGUCCACCUAAUUGUGGUAUACCCCCAGUAAAACCAUUAUCUUGAUUUUGGACGAUUUCAUUUUAUUCAACAAUAUCUUUCUACAAACAGCUAAACGUACAGACUAACAACUAAAUUUGCUUCCUUUUCGACAUGUUUAACAUACAAUUACAACAUAGUUAAUAAAUAUUACACAAAACAGCAAAAAAAAGGACGUUUAAAGAAUACAGUUAGCAUAGAGUUACAUAGGUUCGAGUAACAUUAGAGCAGGUUAGUUACAUAAGUACAUACAAUAUGCUUAAUUGUCUUACUUGCUUUGCUACACCACACACAUAAUACCCAGUGAGUUUCGGUUCCGUUUUCUACACAAAUGCGCUGAGGGGCGUGCCCCCGCCCCCUGGUGGACUAUCACGACUAUAUCGCGCUGAUCGUCUCGCGGAUCCAGGCGGCAUUCGAGGCGAUCUUGUCGUACAUCCUGGGCCGCUCCACGCCCGUGGGACCGCACGCGAUCCGCCAGGAGGAGACCCCAAUGAGCGCCCACUGAUUCGUUCCCGGAAUUAGGCACUGGACGGGCGCUCCCGAAUACUCCUCUUGCUGAAAAUGAACAAAACAAAAAUAUUACAAAUAUCAGUGAUAAAUCAAGUAAUUGGAAAUUAAAAAAAUAUUUAUAGAAUAUAAUUUUGGUCCACUCUAAAAAAUGCUAUAUAGUUUGUAAAGGCUCAGUUUAAUUAAUUAACCGUUUAAAAUUUGAUUGUCAACAGUUUCUGUCCACUUUCAAAUUACAAAUAAUUUCGUAAUAAUAUUAUAGGAUCCACUCAGUUUUUUGCAAUAUUUCACCAUCGAAUUAAACUCGUGCCACCCCAAUUGGCGAUCGUGACGUCACACGCACGCGACAUGCAGCAACGCGCUUGGCGUAGAGCAGUCGAAACAAAACAAAGUUGAAUGAGUAAUUUCUGCCUCUCUUUUUUACUCUCUCCAAUUGCCAUUCAAAGUGAGCACGAGCGAACACACACAUGUAUACUCAUGUAUAAGCAACCCCCGUUACCUGCGAAGGUUUACCUAGGAUAGCAAAAACAACAACUAUGAGUGCAGCUGCAGGCAGAUAAAAGGAAAAAGGGAGAUAGCAAGAAGAAGCAAUGGACACCGCAAUAACAAAAAAAAAA